UAAUGCCACUCCUCUUCCUGGAAUGAAUCUCUGCCUGAUAACCCUCCUCUUCUUCCUGCUUACAGACACAGCCAGACAGUGAAACUCGCACAGUCAUUGUUACUGAGAGGAGAAAUGGCUGAGAAAGGAGUUCAACUGGACCGAGAAACAAUCUCUUGUUCUGUCUGUCUGGAUCUACUAAAGGAUCCGGUGACUCUUUCCUGUGGACACAGCUACUGCAUGAAGUGUAUUAAAGCCCACUGGGAUGGAGAGGAUGAGAAGAGAAUCUACAGCUGCCCUCAGUGCAGGAAGACCUUCAAACCAAGGCCUGUCCUGAUGAAAAACAUCAUGUUAGCAGUUUUAGUGGAGGAGCUGAAGAAGACUGGACUCCAAGCUGCUGCUGCUGAUCAAUGCUAUGCUGGAGAUGAAGAUGUGUCCUGUGAUGUCUGCACUGGGAGGAAACUGAAAGCCUUCAAGUCCUGUUUAGUCUGUCUGGCCUCUUUCUGUGAGAAACACCUUCAGCCUCACUAUGAUUCACCUCCAUUAAAGAAACACAAGCUGGUGGAGCCGUCCAAGAACCUCCAGGAGAACAUCUGCUCUCAUCAUGACAAGGAGAUGGAAAUGUUCUGCCGCACUGAUCAGCAGUCUAUCUGUUAUCUCUGCUCUGUGGAUGAACAUAAAGGCCACGACACAGUCUCAGCUGCAGCAGAAAGGACGGAGAGGCAGAGAGAGCUGGAGGUGAGUCGACAAAACAUCCAGCAGAGAAUCCAGGACAGAGAGAAAGAUGUGAAGCUGCUCCAACAGCAGAUGGAGGCCAUCAAUGGCUCUGCUGAUAAAGCAGUGAAGGACAGUGAGGAGAUGUUCACCCACAUCAUCCAUCUCAUCCAGAAAACAAGGCGAGAUGUGGAGCAGCAGAUCAGAUCCCAGCAGGAGACUGAAGUGAGUGGAGUGAAAGAGCUGAAGGAGAAGCUGGAGCAGGAGAUCAGAGAUCUGAAGAGGAAAGACGCUGAGCUGAAGCAGCUCUCACACACAGAGGAUCACAACCAGUUUCUCCACAACUACCCCUCAGUGUCAGCACUCAGUGAGUCCACACACUCAACCAGCAUCAACAUCUGUCCUCUGAGACACUUUGAGGAGGUGACAGCAGCUGUGUCAGAGCUCAGAGAUCAUCUACAGGACAUUGUGAGGGACACAUGGACAAACAUCUCACUGACAGGAACUCAACUGGAUGUUUCACUGUCAGAUUCACAAGCAGAGCCAAAGACCAGAGCUGGAUUUGAAAUAUUCACGUCAAAUCACUCUGGAUCCAAACACAGCACACAGAAAGCUGUUAUUAUCUGAUGGGAACAGAAAAGUAACAUCAAUGAAUCAACAACAGUCUUAUUCUGAUCAUCCAGACAGAUUUACUAGAUAUCUUCAGGUCCUGAGUAGAGAGAGUCUGACUGGACGUUGUUACUGGGAGGUGGAGU